CCGCCGACGAAAUGGCUAAAGACCCCUCGGUCGGAUCAACAACCUUCAAGUACAUGUACAUACAAUGCAUUGCAUAAUAAGUGGUCUAAUUAAAGGUGCGCGCCGUUAGACAGCACGGCCCACUACCAUUCGCACCGAGUCGCGAGAGCGUCUGAUAGACUGACAACCCGCUCAAUAUACUGGUUCGAAGAUUCGAAACACUUUACCAAACGAAAACCCCCUCCGGCGAACUCAAUGGAUUUCGCCAAAAAGGAGCGGCGCAUCGCCCUCGGCUGCGAAGGCUCAGCGAACAAGCUCGGCAUCGGCGUGAUCCUUCACACAGGCGACCCGUCUCGACCCGAGACCUGCACGUCAACCGUCCUCUCCAAUGUGCGGCACACCUUCGUCUCCCCGCCGGGCACCGGUUUCCUGCCCAAGGACACAGCACAGCACCACCGGGCCUUCUUCGUGCGCAUCGCCAAGCAAGCGCUGGCCGACGCACACAUUGCCAUUGCCGACAUCGAUUGCAUAUGCUACACGCGGGGGCCGGGCAUGGGGGCACCGCUCUCGUCGGUGGCGGUCGCCGCCCGCACGCUGGCGCUGCUCUGGGACAAGGAACUCGUCGGGGUGAACCACUGUGUGGGCCACAUCGAGAUGGGGCGGGCGAUUACCGGGGCGGACCACCCCGUGGUGUUGUAUGUGUCCGGGGGCAACACGCAGGUGAUCGCAUACGCGGAGCAGCGGUAUCGGAUCUUUGGGGAGACGCUCGACAUCGCGGUGGGGAAUUGUCUCGAUCGGUUUGCCCGGACAUUGGAGAUCAGCAAUGACCCCGCGCCGGGGUACAAUAUUGAGCAGUUGGCCAAGCAAGGGGGUAGGGUAUUGCUCGAUCUGCCGUAUGCGGUCAAGGGGAUGGAUUGUUCGUUUAGCGGAAUCCUGACGCGGGCGGAGGAGCUGGCGGCGCAGAUGAAGGCUGGCGGGAAGGGUCCUGAUGGGGAGCCGUUUACAGGGGCAGAUUUGUGUUUCAGUCUGCAAGAGACCGUGUUUGCGAUGCUGGUGGAAAUCACCGAACGGGCGAUGGCACACGUGGGGAGUAGCCAGGUGCUGAUUGUCGGCGGGGUUGGAUGCAAUGAGCGUCUGCAGGAGAUGAUGGGUGCCAUGGCCGCGGGUCGCGGCGGAAGCGUCUAUGCGACGGAUGAGCGCUUCUGCAUAGACAAUGGAAUUAUGAUCGCACAUGCAGGGUUGUUGGCAUAUGAAACAGGGUUCCGGACGCCGAUCGAGGAGAGUACAUGUACACAGCGAUUUAGAACAGACGAAGUCCUCGUCAAAUGGAGGAAGUGAGGUGCUUU